AAAAAAAAUAGAUUGCAGACAAAUAGUAAAUGUACGGUACGUCAACUACGUCAGUCACGGACUCACGGUUAGGUUAAUGCACUUUUAACAAUAAUUACUAUCAUACCAAAUGUUCUCGUGCCACGUAAUCGUAAACAUAUACCUCCGACGGUAUAUUGUAAAAAUAUCUAGUUACAAAUGAAUCAGCAAAGGAAGCCAAAUAGUUUGUUGAGCAAUGGCAGCUUCUGAAGAUUCAUUUAAAGAGAAGCUCACAAACUCUCUAACACAGCAAUUAAGUGAAUAUGAACUGUUGAAAUCCAUGUAUCCAAACAACGAUGAUAUAAUUUUAACUGAUACUAAUAUACUUGUUGACAUAACUAAUUUUGUGGAGAAUGAAUCAGAAACUGAAUACACUCCAGGUCAUUUGGAUUUUAUUUUAAACCUUAAUAUAGAUGGUUCAAAAUUGGAAGUCAGUGUUAAUUUACCCAGCUUCUAUCCAAGUGAAGAACCAGACUUGUAUGUAAGGUGUAAUCAAUUGAAUCGCUACCAGGAGACAACCCUGAAUGCAGAAUUGUCCAACUUUCUUAAAGAAAAUUUUGUUGGAGAAGUUUGCAUAUAUUCUGCAGUGUCAUGGUUACAAGACAACUUACCAAAAUUUACUGAACAGCUUGCAAACAGAGCUAGUGCUUAUAUCAUUCCAGAAUCAAAAUGUACAGAUGAUGAUAAAUUUGUCAGAUUGUGGAUUUAUUCCCACCAUAUAUACAACAAAAGGAAAAGAGAUGAAAUAGAAUCAAAAGCAAAAGAUUUAAACCUGACAGGGUUUUGCCUGCCUGGGAAGCCUGGUAUUAUUUGUGUUGAAGGUGCAGGCAGUGACUGUAAAGAAUGGUGGUCAAUUAUUAAAAGUAUGUCUUGGAAAAAAAUUGUUAUAAAAAUGACUGAAACUUUUGAAAUUAGUGAAAAAGAAAAAGAACAAAAAUUUCAUAAGUUUCAAGAAAUCCAUUUUCCAAGUUCAUCAGUUCGCUCUAAGCAUGCAGAUAUGAGUGGACUUUCUAAGUAUAUGGAUGAGCAUGGACUGACAGAAAUAUUUAAAAAUAUGUUUGGAAUAAGUGAAAUUUGAUAAGUCAUGACAUCCUAAAAUAAUAAAACCAAAUCACAUAUCAUACCAGACAUCGGAUUCUAGGGGCCAAAAUCUUUUGACAUGUAGGGCUAGUUCCUAUAUCAAUAAAUUAAACUACUGAUAAUUUUUCCUAAUACUAAAGAUUACCCCCGCUUCAUUUUGUGACUGUAUGUUAUUUGUAUGUUAUUCCAGGGAGGAUGAUAAAGUUUACACAAAGCAUAUUUGAUUGCUAGACUAGAAAAAAAUAUAUUAACAAAGUUGCAAAAAUCCCCCUAAAAAUAAAGAAGGGAAUUUAGUUCUUAUUUUUUUUUUCAUGUUAAUACUUUUAAUAAAAUUAUAUUCUUACACAAAACAUGAAGUGAUCACUAGUUUAAUUAUUAGAGAAGCAUUGAUAUUUUAGUUUAUCAAUAUAGGAACUCUGCUGCGCUUAGCAUAAGUGCAGUAACUCAUUUUGAAAUGUCAAUCAAUUACUUUGUACUUGUACAAUAUGUUGUACAGUUGAAAGAGAUUUCAGUUAGAAAUGAGUUACUGCUCUUAUGCAAAGCACAGCAGCUCCCUACCUGUCCAUUAUGUUUAGCCCCCUGAAAUCCAAUGUCUGAUCAUAAUUUCUACAAUCUCUAAUGUGCAAUUCUAGAAUAUGUUAAGAGUCAAGUACUAGACUACUAAAGAGAUCAUAUUAUUCCAUAUUGGUCCUAAAACUAUUUAUAAGAAAUAAACAUGUUUAAAAAUCCGUUUUGUUAACGGUGAGAGAACCAAGAGCCAUAAAACAUGCCUAACUGAAUUUCAAUUCUUUAAGU